AAAACAAAUCCAAGAAGUAAAUUUUCAAAGAAAGAAUGUCCAGAUGCAAGUUGGAGAGAAAUUGCGAGAUUUAGAAGCCAAUUGGGUAGGAUUGGUAAGCAAAAAUUACGAGAUAGAAUUAGCCUGCGCUCAUUUAGAAAAACAAUUAAGAGCAUUUGAGUUGGCCAAUCCAGAACGAAUGGAUACUCAAUAAAAUAAAUAUGCUACUAUAAUUUUUGUAUAAUACUGUUUAAAAUAACCAAUUGUGUAAAAACUUAAGAGUAUUAAAUUAUUUUGAUAUAGAAAUAACAUUUUCAUCUAUUGUUUUUUCACAAUUUUAUUUUUUCUUGUAAAAAAAAAAAGUACAAAAAUGUGUAUUAUAAAAUAAAGCAUUUUGCCUACAUUUCACUUACAAACUAUAUUUAUAUAAAAUACAUAAAAAGUACUAGAGUAUCAAUUAUGUGUAUAAUAAAUUGCACUAGAUAUGUAUUAUAUUAAAGUAUAAUAAUUUAAUUUUUUGAUAGUAUAUCAUACAAAUAUAAUAAAUACAUUAAUAUGUAAUAUUAAUUUAAGUAGAUUGAUCAGGACUAUACCAUUAAAUUGUAAAAUAUAGCUAUUUUGUUAUGACAAAAUAAAAUCUACUAUAUAGUUUAAAUGAUAUAAUAUGAAACUUUGUCAUAUACACUCACAGGAACAAAAAUAAAGCCUAGCAAUGCUUAAUAAUGUUUCAAAUCUUAAAACAAACUUAUACGUAAAUAAUGCACAAAUAAUAGUAUAUCAAUUAUAGAGUUGAUUUGUUUAUUAAUGUUUAUAAGGUGGUUUCAUUUCUUUCGGCAUUUUUCUUGCUACUCUCAUUAUUCAUAAUUGUGGAUUCUAGUACAGCUAUUCUUUCUUUUAACAUUUUCACCUACAUAAACAAAAUUAUCCAUCAUAUUACAGUAUAAAUAGUGCAAUAUGUGAUCUGCAUACAUGUUUAGAUGUUAAUAUAUUUUUUAUUAUAAAGUUAUAACAAUAGACAGUUUGCUAGGAUUACUGGUUUUGAUAACCCACCUAACUAAAUACUGGUGUAAAAGUGUGUAAAUGUGAAUCAUACAAUGCGAAACUGUACGGAUAUGGGUAAGAAAUAAAUCAUAACCAAUUACUAUCAAUAUUUUUACAUUGCAAUGAUAAGGUAGAACUCAUAUUGAAGUAGUACCUUAAGGAAUAUUUAUUUUCUCGGGUAAAAAAAUCUACAUUACCUGAAGAGUAUGUGUGCUAACCAUAAUUUCAAUUUCGGACUCCAAUUUUUUCAAACGUGAUUGAGAUUUGCGUUUAGCUCUUUCCAAAUUACGCUCAAGAGUACUGUAAUUCAAAACAAAAUUUUAGUUAAAUAUAAACCUAAUAGUAAAAUUGCUUAAUAAUCUCACGUGUUUUCUGUGCGCAGUUUAUCAAUUAAAGUAAUAUUUUGCUUAUGCCUGGUUUCGGAAUUCCUUAUUGCAAGUUGAUAUGCUGUCGUAACAUCUUUUAGUUGUUUCUGUAGUUUUACAUUUAUACCGGCAGUACUAUCAUAGUCUUCAGUGGACAGUUGUUGUUCCAGUGCUCGAAUUGUAUCUAGAUCAAUUCUAGAUCGUUCUUCACAUUCAACCAAUUGUUUUUCCAAUUCACAAUUAUGUUUUUGCAACGCUUUAUAUCGUUCUUGAAGUUCACACUUUUCUUCUCGUAUUCCCAUCAAUUCUUGCACAAGAACUGCCAUUUCUAAAUCAAUCCGAGUUACUUGAUUACGACUUCUGGGUUUGGGUAUCUCUUCCUCACAAUGGUAUGAUUCUAAAGCAACUACUGUUGAUCCAAUUUUUUUCUUCUCUUCAUCUAAGUUGUGUAACAACUUUAUAAUUUCAUCUUUCAUCCUAUUCAGUAUAUUAAUUAAAUUAAUAAACAAUUUUUUGUAAUAUUUAUAAAUAAAACAUUUAUAGAAAAUUACAUUUUUUCUUCUUCAUUAGCUGAUCCAUCAUAAAUAGAUAAUAAAGACGAAUAACAGUUCAUUAUUUCUUCACCUGUUUCAACUUCUAAUUUUAAUGCAAUCAUAUUUGACUCAUAUUUUCCUAAUAAUAAAUAUAGCCUAGAACAUGAAAAAAAUGUAUACCAUACACAUAUUAUACAUAUUUAUAUUAAUAUACAAAUGUAUAAUGUAUUAACAGUAUAAACCCAAAAUAUAUUUAGUAUAUAUCAGCGUUUCUCAACCUGGGGUCACCAAUUAAAUGAUUUUGAUAAAUCUGCUUUGCCCAUGCACAGUUUUAAAAAGAAAAUAUGUAUGCACCAGCUAUACAGAGUGAUUUUCAUGAACUAGCAAUUAUCUGUAGAUUUUAAGUGAAUUUGAUUUCUGUUUUUUUUUUUUAAUCAUUGAGGAAUUAUUUUAGCUUUAAUUUUUAAUUGUUUACCCCUACUUCAUACACCUUAAAUAAGUGUAUAUUUUUGUUUUUCAAAUGCAUGUCAAAAUUUCUAGAAAAAUAUUCUCUAAUCGAAUCUGUAUACAAAACAGGGAUGUUCCUAUUUAAAAAAACAAAAGUAUAUACUUAUUUAAAGUAUAUGGAGUAGUAGUAAAAAUUAAAAAAUGGUUAUAAAGUAAAGCUUAACCGAUUUAUAAUGAUUAAAAAAAAAAAAAAAAAACAGAAAUCAAAUUCACUUAAAACCUCCGAGAAAAUAAUUAGUUCAUGAUAAGAAAAAAUCAUCUUAUAUUAUUAAAAUAAUUAGGAGAGUACUGACCCGCCAGGGUACCAGGAAUUUUUUAGCGGGCCCUUGAUUUAUACACGUUUUCCUAUUACUAUUUCUUUAAAUUACCUAUUGUAACUUUGUGAUUACUUAGGUUGGUAGGGUAGGUAGGUAGGCUGCUACUUGAUGAAUGUUUAUAACUAUGUCCUAUUUAAUAAUUUCCUGGUACAAAACUAGAAUCCAGUAGGCGCCUGAACACAAUGUUAACUAAAACUACAUUUGUGCAAAACCAGUCAGUUUAUUAACUGGCUAUAUUACACAAAUUUGAUAGUUAUUAAUUUUAUUUAUGAAUAUUAUUUUUACUUGUCUGUUUGUGCAGCAGAUUGUUCAAACAUGAGCUCAAGGACAGCCAUUUGUGAACGUACAUGAUCUAAACGUGUUUGUAACUGUUCAACUUGACAAACUAAAAUUUCUUUGUUUCCUGAUUCUAAUGAAUCACAAUCAGAAAUGACAGCUGAAGCAAGACGUUCAGCUAUUGCUUUUUGACAGAUCUAAAAAAAAUAAAAUGUAUAAUUAAAUAUUUUAGUCAGCCUUCAAAUAUAUUUUUGUUAAGGAAUACAAAUAUCCAUACACUUGUGCCUUCAAGGUUGGCUUCUGCUGAAUCUUCAAUAAGUUUUUGCAAUUUUACUUUUUCAGCUAAUUUAGAUGUCUCCAUUAGUAAUCGAGAUGGAGACAUCGGGCCUGAUGAGAAACUACUUUCCGUGUCCUGUAACUGCAAUCACAAAUAGUAAAUUUGUUUAUAACAAAUAUGAAAUGGUAAAAUUAAAUUAAAUGAAAUGUUUCCAAAACAAUUACUAUAUGUUCAAACUAUAAUAGAAAUUUACAAAGAUUUUACCUUCAUUAAUAAUUCUUCCUUUUCAUUAGUUACUUCUUUCAAAAUUUGUCUUGUUUUCUUUAACUCUUCUUCUUUUAAAGCCAGUUCAGCAUGAACAUCAGCAUAAAGUUCUUUUGUUUCAUGAUCAUCAAAACAAGCCGCGCUAUCUCCCUAAAAAUAAUUGUAAAAAAAAAUCUUUCUUAUAAUUAAGAAAUAAUUUUUGAACUAUUUUCAACAUAAGAAAUCUUAAAAUUUAAAUUAUAUAAAAUUAAUUAAAAUAAUUUGUACCAAUGAUGAAUAAUGACGACACACAUUCACUAACAUACUACAAUAGAGUACUAUAGUACCUAACUGUAGAAUAGUUUAUGAACUUUAUACAAAGGAAGUUAUAGACAAUGUCGUAGUUGACAUUUUUUUUUGAUUAAGUCAUAUUUUAUGUAUCUUAAAAUAUUUAUUUUAUAUUCUAUUUUAUACAUAAUUAUUAAUUACUAAAAAAUUGAUAAAGUUUAUAUACAGCUCCUGAGUCAAUCCACCGCCACUUUAGAUUAAAUUAUAAAUAUAUAAGCAAUUCAUAUUUACUUCUUUAGAUAAAGCAACAGAUUCUUGAAUAAAUGAUGACGUUUCAAUACUUUGUGCGUCUAUUUCUAAAUAAAAUAAACCAUUGUAAAAAUGAGCCACAUAAAAAUGGUCUAUAAAAAAAAUAUACCUGAUUGGCUUUCUUCUAUUUCUUCAGUAAUAACUUGAGUUCUUUGAAUUUGUAAUUUACGUGCCAAUUCUGCAAUAACAGAGUGUAGUUCAGUAAUUCGUUCUUCGUAUUUUUGUUUCACGUCAUUUUCUGUUGUAAUCUGUAAAAUAAUUAUUUUUUAAUAAUAAUAUAAAUACUUAAAAAAAUAAUAAAAUUGUUACUUUGAUCUGAUUUAAAGUUGUUUCAAGGACUUCAUUUUUUUCAGUAGCUAAUUGCAAUUGCUUAGUUAAAUCUGAUAUUUCAGUUUUUAAUGACUUCAAUGCAGCCAAAUGCAACUAAAAAUGAAUUCAUAGAAUUUAGUGUUUAGUUACAUGAAAUUAAUCAAAUUGUAUCAAGUAGAAGGUUUUAUUCAUAUUUUUAGAUAAUUUACAUUUAUAAUAAUUAUUAAAUGUUCUAUUCUAGAUCCAAAUUUAAAAUAAAUAUAAUUCAAUCAAACUUUAUUAGCAAGGUGUAAUAAGCUGCCAGAAUUUGCUGAUCCUCCAGUUUGUAGUAGAUGUUGCAUACGAACAGAAUUUGGUUCAGGACUAAGAUCUCUUGCCCCACUAUCAAAUUCCCAACUCUCAUGCUUACCACCAGAUAUUGCUCCUAAAAUAAAUAACUUAAUCAAUAUAAUUUAUAAUGAGUAAAAUUUUUGUUAAGUUUUACCUAAGCUAUUAUCACUGCUAGUAGGUAAGUAUUCAGGCAAUGGAUCAUAGUUAAUUACACGAAGUGCAUUAAUUUCUGUUCGUAAUUCUAAUCGACGUCUAACAAACUCAUCAAAUGAUAUACGACCACUUUUAUCAGCACCUAAUUCUUUCAUCAAAUCAUCAACACUGUCUUCUAAGUUUAGUUGACGACAAAUAGUUAACAAAUCUCGACUAAAAAUCAGAAAGAUAAAUUACAAUUGUUUAAAUAUAAAGAUAUCUGGUACAGUAUACUUAAAGGCAUGCACUUAUGUGGUGUACCUGGCCUACAGGCACAAGACACUUGAGUAUAAUACAUUUAAAAAAUUUAAAAUAGCAGUAUAAAAUUGUUAGUUAUCCUAAAGAUUCUUUAUAAUUGUGAAUAUAAAAUUGGUUCAGUAGUAUUUACAUGAUACAUGUUCAAAAAAAAUUUUAAUAAUUAAUUUUAUUAUUAAAGAUAUUAUGCAUAGAUAGAUAUAAAAAAACAUUACCUAAUAUUAACUUUGAACCAUUUCAAGUAUGUUAACUUUUAAGUUUGUAGAGUAAUACUACUAAUACUCAAUACAAAUUGUGUUACAAUUGUUCAAUAUUUUAAUUUAGACAUUUCGGAAUAACCAAAUACAAUGAUAGCUAAAUAAAUAUUUCUAGUAAUUUUAAUUUACAGUAAUCAACAAUUAAAGUUAAUUAAAGCAGUUUAGCUGGAAAUAGCCAUAAUGUUGUUAGUAAAUGUUGAUCUUAUUAAAGAAAAAUCUUAUGAUAAAGUUGGAAUUUAUAACUUUAGAAGAUAAAUUAAUUUUAUUUAUACAUCCUGUUUUAAUUCAGUAACAUGGAUGAAUAGAUGGUAAUUGACACAUUAGGUACAGAAGAAUUUUUAAAACAUAUCACACAGUUAUUAAUUGCAUUUUCAUCACAAUUAUCAAUCGGAUAGAAUCUAGCCAGAAAAAAAGCAGCACAUAUAUAUAAUGGUGACAGACAGUAAGAAUUAUAAUGAAAACAAUGAUAAAUAAUUUUAAUAAUUAAUUUCACCUAUCAAUAUAACCAUCGCCAUCGCCGUCACAUGCUUGGAAUAAUUUUCUUGCCCGUUCUUCUUCACAUAGGGAAUUCGUCUCAACACUUUCGGAUAUUGAUUGCAACUCGUCCAUGACGAUUUAUUUCAUGAUUAACAUUUUACAAUCAAAUGACAACUCAAAGCUUUUGUAAAGACAUAAUCGAAUUGGGAGAGUAUAAUAUUAUUCUCAUAUUAUGCUCAAUAUUAUUUUAGUUAUUUUACAUUUAACAACAACAAUAAUACCUAAUAC